AUGCCCGAGGAGAAGUCCUUCGAUAAGAUCCCACUCCAGAGCAACGAUGGCAGCGUCAUCACUGUCGACUACGAGGUUGCCAUCCGCUCGGCGCUGCUUAGCACGAUGCUGGAGGAUCUGAAGAGCAUGGGUGUCUCUGAACUCGGCCCUGUCCCUCUGCCCAACGUCAACGAGGCCGUUCUCCGCAAGGUCAUUGAGUACUGCGAGCACCACCGCAACGACCCCCUUGGUACCAACGAGGAGGAGACCGAGAGCCGCAAGAAGACCACCGAUAUUGAAGAGUGGGACCAGAAGUUCAUGCAGGUCGAUCAGGAGAUGCUCUUUGAGAUCAUCCUGGCCGCCAACUACAUGGACAUCAAGGCACUUCUUGACGUCGGCUGCAAGACGGUCGCCAACAUGAUCAAGGGCAAGUCGCCCGAGGAGAUCCGCAAGACCUUCAACAUCACCAACGACUUCACCCCCGAGGAGGAGGAGCAGAUCCGGAGAGAGAAUGAGUGGGCUGAGGACCGCUAA